GCGAGAAUCAGUGUAAUUUUUCCUCAGUCUGCCGCCGACUUUGGACCAAAAUAAAUAUAUUCUGACGGACUCCCAGUGCCAAUUGGAACACUCUGCGACGAGGAUUACUUACUAGUUAUGAGGAUUACGCGCCGUUAUGUCUGGAACAUCGACCUCUGAACGCUCCAACUCCGAGGACAGCCCAUUGAAUCCGUGCCUGACGGAGGUGCUCAGGACCUGUGCCAACAUCCAGUCGAUAGAGAGCUUGAACUACGAGUACAACGACGUGUUCCUCACCGAAUCCAGCGAGGGAGGCAAAAUGAUAACGCCGAAUCCGUACUCCUUCAGUGGCAACAUUUCCAUAAGCAGUUGUCCCAGCGAAGACGUUUCCUUCACCGAGAGCAUUCUGGAGAAUGGCCGCAUAUCGCUGGCCUAUGAGAACCUGAAGACGAUUCCCCGGCGACUGGCAGACAAGUUCGCUGCACAGACCAAGUUCCUCGAUCUGAGUCACAAUGAUUUCCGAAAUCUAAGAUUUCUCUCCUUUUUCGAGGACCUGGACACUUUGAUUCUGGACCGCAACGUGAACCUGGACAUAAAUACCUUUCCCUACUUGCCGAGCUUGAGGAUCUUGUGGAUCAACAAUUGCGAUAUAGCAAACAUCACGGACUGGAUACACCGCAUCGAACGGCAGUGUCCUGCGCUGGAUCAGCUCUCUUGCAUGGGGAAUCCUGGCAUUCGCACUGUUUUCGGUGGCCAAGGACCGCGUGAUUAUAUCCUGCAGGUUCUGCCCCAGCUGAAGUACCUCGAUGGACUGCCGGUUUGCAGCGGGAGUGGAGGCCAUACGGCUCUCUCCUCUUCGCAGGGACAUGGUCAGGAUUCCACCAGCAACUCGGAGAAGCCGGUGCCCGCAGCUACACUCACUUUCAAGGACUUCUUCCGGCCGAAGCAUUCAAGGAAAUCGCACAGUGGACGAACCUACUUCAAUGGCUCGUCGACAAAUUGAAUUGCUCUGCCGCUGGAGGGAGGGGCACUCCACUGAUUGCAUUCUGUCCCAUUGUUGGACUAUUUUUAACCGUCCGCCGGAUUAUCAGCGCUGCCCUCGGAUGCCCUGCAGUCGUCGAUUGCACCUACAGUGCGAUGCAAGUAAAUAUGCAUAUGAUAAUACGUAUAUGAAAAUGCCAUUGUAUGGCGGUGGACACGCACGAGCCUAGUGAGAAUUAAUCUAGUACAUUAAAGCAAUUUUUACAUUAAUACGAGUCAAUGGACUCUAUGAAUAGUCAAGUAAACAGUACGUAUAUAGCAGUCCCCAUCUUGAGAAUAAAAUUUAACAGCAUUAUGAAUGUCGUUCAA